UCAAAUUCAGUACCGUAAAAUGAAACAACGUGGUUUACUGUGAUUUAAUGUUUUCGUAAUUAAAGCAAAAUUGAAUUCUAAAAGUACUAUUCUAUUUAUUAUAAAAUAUGUCGUUCUUUAUAAGAAAUAACAAAGAACCAGGAAAACUUAAGAGAAAGUUUAAUGGUAAUUCUGAGGGUUCGAAGAAAUUUGCAUCAAAAGGUAAAAAGCGAAAUGUGAAAAACAAUAAAGACGAUGAUGAAAGUAUUGCGAGUAGUGACGAAGAAUUUGCUGAGCAAAGAAAUAAAGGUUUAGAAGAAGACUAUGAUGAUGAUGAGGAAGAAGAAGAGACUGCUCAAGAGAAACGUUUAAGAUUGGCAAAGAAAUAUUUGCAAGAAAUUGAAGAGGAAGAAAAGGACAGAGAAGAUUUUGAAAAAGGUGGCAUUGCGAGGCGAUUACAUGAAGAAUAUUUAGAAGAAAAAGGAAGAUUGAAAAGAACCGUAGCUAGUAAUUAUACAGGACACGGUGAAACAAUUAUUUUAAAAUGUAAAUAUCACAGAGAAACAAUCACCUGCCUUUGUCUUUCAAGCGAUGGAAAAUUUCUCUUUUCCGGUUCCAAGGAUGGAACAAUUGUCAAAUGGUGUUUAGCGGACAAAUCUAAAGUCAAAAUCCUAAAAGGAAAACGAACGAAAAAUGAUAAUGGAAUUAAAUGCGUAGAAUGUAUGGCGAUCAGCACGGAUUCAAAAUUUGUAGUAGUUGGAGACAAGGCUACUAAAAAUAUAACAGUCUUAUCGGGAGAUGAUUUAAGUCAUAUAAAAUAUCUCCAAGGACAUAGAGGAAUGGUUACGGGCUUAGUUUUUCGAAAAAAUACACACACCUUGUAUUCAGCGUCAAAGGAUGCGAGUGUUAAAGUUUGGAAUCUGGAUGACAUGGCCUACGUCGAAUCAUUAUUUGGUCAUGGAAGUGCUAUAACUUCAAUAGACGCUCUAUCGCGUGAACGUGCCGUAACAAGUGGAGGUCUUGACGGAAGUAUAAGAAUAUGGAAAAUAGUCGAAGAAUCACAAUUAAUUUUCAAUGGACACGGUGGCAGUAUUGAUACUGUGAAACUUAUAAACGAAGAGAAUUUCCUAAGCGGAGGUGACGAUGGUCAAUUGAGCGUGUGGGGUUGUCUAAAGAAGAAACCAUUAUGUUCAUAUCCUGAAGCUCAUGGAAAAAAUCCAGAAAAUGGAUUACCUAAUUGGAUUUCAAGUAUUGCGACACUUUUAAAUACGGAUCUAGUAGCAUCAGCUUCAUUUUCAGGUUCCAAUAGUGGAGUCAUUAGAUUGUGGCAAUGUGAGGAAUCGUUUCGAAAAAUCAAACCUCUUUUUGACGUUAAAGUAGAGGGAUUUAUUAAUUCUCUAACAUUUACGCCCGACGGCAAUUAUCUCAUAGCUGCCGUUGGUAAAGAGCAUAGAUUAGGAAGAUGGUGGCAUUUAUCAGAACCGAAAAAUGGUAUAGUUCUGAUUCCAUUAAAUCAAAAACAAAGUAAAUGAAAUUUUGUUAGUCUGUCUUAGACAUUUCACGUGUAAAUUUAAUUAUUUUUAAGCGAUAUUUGUAUUACGAAUGUAAAAUAAACAUAUCUUUUAUAAAAUA